AUGAUUCAUGUGCUGUUUCGUGGAUCGCUGCCACAGCGAGGCAUUUCUUCAGGUGUAUCAGAUUAAAAAACGGUCUUUGGCCGGCAACGUGGCCAUCGGCUUCUUCGUCGUGGCCUUCGUCCUCAUAGCGGUAGCUUUUUCCACCCCCAGCUGGCUGGUGUCCGACUAUCGUAUCACCGGAGCCAAGCUGGACCGCCUCGGAUUAUGGACGCACUGCUUCCGCUCCCUUUCCGAUCCUUACAGCUAUGACAGGGCCCACCACAGGUUUUUCGUGGGCUGCCGCUGGAUCUACGACCCUUUCACCACCGGCUACGACGAGAUCAGGGGCUUCCUGGUGCCCGACUUCAUGGUCGCCACGCAGUUCUUCUUCACCCUGUGCUUCAUCUCGGUGCUGCUCGGCGCCGUGCUCACUCUCAUCUACUUCCUGUGCUGCGGGCCAGAUCAGAAGCAGCACAUCACCCUCAUCACGCUGAACGCUUGGCUGCUGCUGGCCGGAGGGAUAAGCGGAGCCAUCGCCGUCAUAGUGUUCGCCGUGCUCGGCAACAAGAACGGCUGGAUGCCCGGCCACGAAAACAACUUUUUCGGGUGGUCCUUCGCGCUGGCCUGCAUCGGGGUGCUGGCCAGCCUCGUGGCCGCCACGCUGUUCUUCGUCGACGCGUACGUGCAAAGGAGGAAGAAGAAGCGGAUGACGGAGUCGCAGAGUCGGUUCGAAAUGGAGCCCGAGCAGCACAAGGGGUGGUGA